AUGGCUGAUAUGCUAGGCUCACUUGUCUCUGCUAUCUUGCAAGUACUAUUGGAUAGGAUAGCUAAUCGUGAACUCAUAGACUUCUUUAGGGGAAAUCAUCUUGAUGAGGCACUUCUACACAAGUUGAAGAUGCUUUUGCUGUCUGUCAAUACAGUCCUUAAUGAUGCUGAGGACAAACAGUUUUUUGAUCCAUUGAUCAAGGACUGGGUUGAUAGGCUUAAGAAUGCUGCUUAUGAUGCUGAUGAUGUAUUGGAUGAAAUUGCCACCAAAGCCAUGCAAGACAAGAUGAAUCAAGGGUUCCACACGACCUUAGACCAGGUAAAAGAUUAUGCUUCGUCUCUCAAUCCUUUUUCCGAACGAGUUCAAUCUAAAAUUGGUAGGAUAGUUGAGAGGUUGAAGUCUAUUAUAGAGCAUAAAAAUCUUCUCGGACUUAAGGAAAUAGGCCUAGGUAAAUCACUCUCGUUAGCUUCGGCCACAACUUCUUUGGUGGAUGAACAUCGUGUGUAUGGUAGAAAUGGCGAUAGGGAGAAGAUUAUUGAAUUUUUGUUAGCUGAAAAUUCCAAUGGAGAGGGGGUGCCUGUAGUUGCGGUUGUUGGGAUGGGCGGAAUAGGUAAGACGACUCUUGCUCAAAUCUUGUACAAUGAUGAACGGGUGAUGGACCAUUUUCAAUCUAGAUCAUGGGCGUCUGUUUCAGAGACUUCAAAUGUGUAUGAAAUAACAAAGAAAGUUUUUGAGUCCUUCACUUUGUCUCAUUCUAAUAUCUCAGACUUGAAUAUACUCCAAAUCAAACUUAAGGAUAGAUUGACAAGACAGAGGUUUCUAAUUGUUUUGGAUGGGUUUUGGAAUGAGAACUUUCUUGACUGGGACAUCCUCCAAAGACCCUUUCUAUCAGGAAAUUAUGGGAGUAGAAUCAUUAUCACCACACGUAAUCAAAGUGUUGCAACAUUAAUCCGUGCGGAUUUAACUCAUUCCCUCUCGUUUCUAUCUCACGAAGAUACCUGGAAAUUAUUCACGAGCCAUGCAUUCAAAUCAGGGAACCCGAAUGAGCAUCCCAUCUUGGCACAAAUUGGCCAAAAAAUUGUAAAAAAGUGCAAUGGUCUCCCUCUAGCUGCAAAAGCUUUAGGGAGUCUUCUGCGUACAAAAGAAGAUGUCGAGGAGUGGGAAGGUAUAUGUUAUAGUAGGAUAUGGGAGCUGCCUAGUGAUAAGUGUAGCAUUCUUCCUCCUUUAAGAUUGAGCUACAUUCACUUACCGUCUCAUUUAAAGCGAUGCUUUACUUAUUGUUCCAUAUUUCCUAAAGGAUUUGAAAUAAAAAAGUGGAGCUUGAUCUAUUUAUGGAUGGCUGAAGGUAUACUACCACAACAAAGAGCAGAGAAGAGAAUGGAAGAUGUAGGAGAAGAAUGCUUUCAAGAGUUACUAUCUAGGUCAUUCUUUUACCCCUCAAUUUACAAUGUCUCACAUUAUAUGAUGCACGAUCUUAUCCACGACGUAUCACAGUUUGUUGCAGGAGAACUCUAUUACAACUUAGAUGACAACAACCCAAGAAUCAUCACGAGCAGUGUUCGUCAUUUAUCCUAUUUACAAGGCAUAUAUGAUGAUCCUGAGAAGUUUGAGAUCUUCUCUGAAUUUAAGCAGCUCAGGACAUUCCUACCAUUCAAAUACUCAUACUUUGUUUACUCCUCUUCAAUUACUAGCAUGGUUUCGAUUUUGUUACCAAAAUUGAAAUGCUUGCGUGUGCUCUCUUUGUCUCAUUAUCCAAUUACAAAGUUGCCAGAUUCAAUUGGAAACUUGAUGAAUAUGCGGUAUUUGGAUCUUGCUCACACUGGAAUCGAGUGUUUGCCAGACUUUGUUAGCACUAUGUAUUACUUGGAGACAUUGUUGCUGUCUGGUUGUCGUAAUCUCACUAUGUUACCAGAAAACAUGUGCAACCUUGUCAACAUGCGCCAACUUGAUAUUAGUGGAAGCAAUGUGACAUCGAUGCCUGCAAAUUUUGGUAAAUUGAAGUCUCUUCAAGUGUUGACCAGUUUUGUAGUAGGUUACGAAAGGGGAUCAAAAAUCAGUGAGUUAGGAGAGCUUUCAGAACUCCGUGGAGCACUUUUGAUUUCCGGACUGCAGAAUGUUGUUAAUCCAACAGAAGCUUCCCGUGCAAGGUUGAGGAUGAAGAAACAUCUUUAUGAACUAGAAUUCAAGUGGACAACUACAACUCACGACAAAGAGAGUGAAGCUUCUAUACUCAAUAUGCUAGAGCCACAUCAAAGUUUGAAAAUACUCACAAUUCAAAAUUUUGGUGGUGAUAAAUUUCCGAAUUGGUUGGAGAGCUCUUCAUUCUCCUGUAUGGUGAUUCUACAUCUUGCUAACUGUGAAAAUUCAAAGUCAUUGCCAUCACUUGGACAAUUGUCCUCCCUCACAGAACUCUAUAUAUCAAAAAUGAAGAGCAUUCAGAAGAUUGGUCUAGAAUUCUACGGGAAUGUAAUCGAGCCAUUUAGAUCAUUAAAAAUUAUGAAGUUAGAGGACAUGCCUAACUUGGAAGAAUGGUCAACCAACAUAUCUGAAGAAAUUGGGAGAUUCCCUUCACUCCUAGAGCUUUACAUUGAGCGAUGUCCUAAACUGACCGAAAUAUUACCUGGCCAUCUUCCUUCCUUGGAGAAAUUAAUGAUCACUGGAUGUCAAGCUCUCACAAAUCCAAUGCCAUGCGUUCCAAGACUGAGAGAAUUAGUUCUGACAGGUUGCGAUGCUUUGGUAUCGUUAUCUGAGAAAAUGAUGCUGGGAAAUAAAAGUCUUCAAACCAUGACUAUAAGCAAUUGCUCAUCUCUUGUCACCAUCCCUAUGGAUGGCCAACCAAGUACGUUGCGAUCUCUUGAAAUCAACGAGUGCAGAAAUUUACAACUUUUUCACCAUCAGAGUUUGACGCGAGAAUCUCAAUACUAUUCUUCCCUUGAAAAACUACACUUGAAAUGUUGUUGUGAUUCUCUCAUCUCAUUUCCGUUUUUCCUCUUCCACAAGCUUGAAGAUCUAUGUCUACAAGAUUGUAGAAACCUCCAAUUUAUUUCACAUCCUCCAAACAUUCUACCACAUUUUCGGAAGUUAAAACUGAAGCAGUGCUCCAAGUUGGUUCAGUUUCCUGAAGGAUGGUUGGAUGCUCCCAAAAUUGUGUCACUUUGUAUCAGCAAAUGCAUUGAUCUCUCAUCUAAGACGACAUGGAAUCUUCAAGCAAUGACAUCUCUAACUUCUCUUCAUAUCAGUGGACUUCCUAAUCUCACUUCCUUGGAGCACACGGGUGUUCAAUACCUAACAUCUCUAAGAACUUUGAAGAUUAAAGCUUGUGCCAGCCUUGGAUCUCUUCCUUUAGACACUCUAGUUAACUCCCUUUCCCAUCUUACUAUAAGAUCAUGUCCGUUGUUAAAAGUGCUAUGUGAAAAGGACACAGGGGAGUACUGGAGCAUGGUCUCUCUCAUACCCUUCAGAAUCAUUGAAGACUAG